GUCCGGUAAAAUCGCUACGUGUAUCUUCGUAAAAGAAACGGCUGAGAGUGUAACGUGUUGUCAGGAGCAGUUCGUCAUUGCAGUGUUCUCCUUCAUGUACUUCGUGACUAACGAUAAAAGGCGGAAAGUGAAAUCCAAACAUUCGCUAUACUGUAGAACUGAAGCCAUGGACCAGGAGCCAACUAUGUGGAUAAAAAAAGAGGGAACAGAUGAAGUACAAACUGAGUUAUGCUUCAUGGCCCAAGUUUACCCAUGCAGCAUGAAUGUAAAAGAAGAGUUGGAGAAGGGUGUGAAUAAAAAGUUUCUUGAAGACCCAUUAAGGGCUGAUGACCCUAGUGUUUGGGUAAAGCAAGAUCCCGAACUGAAACACCAUGCUGCCGGAUCUGAGCAUAAUUCUGUUGAAGAUCCAUUGGGAAUAUAUUGGCCCAAUAAUUUUAUCAAGGAGGAUCCUGAAUUAAAUAUAACUGAGAAUACUGCUGUUAAAAAUCCAUUGGGAAUAUCUUGGUCCACUGAUUUUAUCAAGGAGGAUCCUGAAUUUAAUUUCGAAAUGAAUAUAACUGGGAAUAUUGUGGAAACCUCAACAAGAUACGCAUCUGAUAGUGCAAGAUUGACAGAGAGUACUGGUGGGAGCUGUGGCAUACCAUGUGAAGAAACUUGUCACCAUAGACUGGUCCAGGAUGAGUUGGUGAUGGACAUGGAGAAGUCAACACAUGGGUUCGGUACCAAUACAGAAGAUGUGACUACUGAUAAGGAAUGCUCAGUUGCCACCCGACAUGACUGUAGUACAAGGGAAAAGGAAUUAUAUGUAUACAGCUGUAAUUUCUACCAACAGAGCUUUCCUUCAAAAUACAGACUCAUAAUGCAUGUGUUUACGCACAUUGAUGGAACGCAACCACCUUCGUAUGUUUGUAAGUGGUGUGGUGAGGUAUUUCACAGUAAUGUUAGUUUGAAAAAACAUUUGAGAAUGAGUGAUAAUUUUCAUGUCUUAACUGCUGACAACCAUGAAAAAUAUGGCUAUAGUGAUGAGUAUCAAAGCAGUACCUUGUUGGAUAGCGAGCCAGACGUUUCUGUCACAGAACACAAUGAGCAGUCUUCAUGUAAGGAAACUUGGAAAGCUUCAAAAGAGUCCUCUAAUGACAAGUGUAACACACAUGUGACAGAUGAUAGAGAGAAAACAAGUAAUUAUGGAACUUUAUCUACAGCUAUUAAUGUCAGUGCCCAGGCUGAUCUACUUACUGCAAACAGAACCGACAUAGGUGGUACUUGGGGCAAAUUGUUUUCUAGGUCAGUUGAUCUGAAGGCACACGUAUUAAUUCACACUGGAAAGAAACCUCACAAAUGUGAGAUUUGUGGGAAAUGUUUUGCUUUGCCACGCAGUCUCAAGAUACACACAUUCAUUCACACUGGAAUCAAACCUCAUAAAUGUGAGGAUUGUGGGAAAGCUUUUACUAUGUCACGCGAUCUCAAGAAACACUUCUUAAUUCACACUGGAAAGAAACCUCACAAAUGUGAGAUUUGUGGGAAAUCUUUUACUGUGUUAGGCGCUCUCAAGAAACAUGGAUUAAUUCACACUGGAAAGAAACCUCACAAAUGUGAGAUUUGUGGGAAAUCUUUUGUAAGGGCAGACAAUCUCAAGAGACACACAUUAAUUCACACUGGAAAGAAACCAUACAAAUGUGAGAUUUGUGGGAAAUCUUUUGCUAGGUCAGGCGAUCUCAAGAAACAUGUAUUAAUUCACACUGGAAAGAAACCGCACAAAUGUGAGAUCUGUGGGAAAUCUUUUACUUUGUCAAACAAUCUGAAGACACACAAAUUAAUUCACACUGGAAAGAAACCUCACAAUUGUGAGAUAUGUGGGAAAUCUUUUGCUUUGUCAAGCAGUCUCAAGAUACAUGCAUUAAUUCACUCUGGAAUUAAACCUUACAUGUGUGAGAUCUGUGGGAAAUCUUGUACUAUGUUAAGCGAUCUCAAGAAACAUAUAAUAAUUCACACUGGAAAGAAACCUCACAGAUGUGAGAUAUGUGGUAAAUCCUUUGCUAGGUCACGCAAUCUCAAAAAACAUGUAUUAAUUCACACUGGAAAGAAACCUCACAAAUGUGAGAUCUGUGCGAAAUCCUUUGCUACAUCAGGUGAUCUCAAGACACAUGCAUUAGAACACACUGGAACUCUACCUCACAAAUGUGGUAUCUGUGACAAAAGUUUCACUCACUUGAGUACUCUCAAGACACAUGCAUUACUUCACAUCAGAAAGAAACUACAAGCAUGUGUUAGUUUACGCAAAUAGGUUUUUUCUGGUUGGUGGCCUCAAGGCCUAUAAAAUAAUGGAUGUAGCAGGGGGACAAUAAAUUGCAAUUCUAGUGAAAUAACAUUAAAAUGUGGUAGAAUUGUGAAAAAAGUGCAACGAUGGGUGCUGUAGGGCGCUAACAGAUAACGUGACAUAAAAAUCGAUAUAUGUAGCUUGAGAUGUCAAGAAAUGGUAUUACUAAAUACUCCAGAAACAUGAAUGAAAUGUGUUUUGGUCAUUAACACUGUUACUUUUUCCUGUCGAUCUUGAGACAAGGAGAUUGUGACUUGUGAUAAAUCCUUACAUUUGUCAGUAAUCAUAAGUACCAUGCAAUAUUCAGUAUAAGGCCAAGGAAAUGUGACGACUCGCUGCAUAUUCUUCCAAACAUAAUCAUCAUGUACUACUCGUAACUGUGUAUUUUAGAGACAGUGACAGUAAAAAUAUAUUCAUGGCACUUCCUUCAUUCAGGCUAGUACACUCAACACUGGAGAAACAUGAUUAUAACAAUUAUUUUACUCAGAUAUGUUUUCUCAACAGAUUUACUGUGUCAUUGAUAGUGUUUAGCUACAUUUGUGUUGUGUUAGUAGUAAUUCUGCAUUAGUAAACGUAACAACAAACAUAGCAACCUUCUUAAUAGCAUUUUAGUCCACCUUUGGAACACAGUACUUCGACAAUUCUACAUGAUAUGGACAUGACACAUCAUUUACAUGUUUCUGGGUGUAUGAUACACCAGUUGUAUUCCACACGUUCAGAUCAGCUAAAUGGUGUGGUCGAGACAUCAGUGUUAGUUACCACGCUACUCAGAGAAAUGUGGAGUCGUUCUGCACAUGUGACAUGGACAGUUAUCUUGCUGAAAAAUGCCUUCAACAUGAGAGAGCACAUCAGGAAUG